CAGGGCAGCUGAUGUCCCUGCCGAGCCCUGCAUGGCCCCAGCAGGACGAGCCCUCUCCCUGCGGCACCACCGGGGGUCUCCCCCCGGCCUCGUCCGACAGCGACUCCGGCUGUGCCCUGGAGGAGUACCUGGAGCCCCCCGAGGUGCCGCCGUGCUCGCCCCAGCCGGGCUCUGACCGCGACCGGACCCGGCUCCGCGCCAGAGCGCUCCUGCAGCAGCUGCCCCCCCAGGACUGCGAUGAGCGCUACUGCCCCGGCCUCGCCGAGGAGGAGCGGCGCCAGCUCCGCGCCUUCAGCGCCCGCCGCCGACAGGAGGCUCUGGGCCAGGGCCUGGCGUGCCCGGUGCCAGGGCCCUGCCACGGCUGUCCCUGCAGGAAGUGCGGCCGCAGGCUGAACAAAGGGGACCCGGGGGUGUCGGCGUCUCGCCUGGGCGACCAGUUCUGGCACCCGUCCUGCUUCUCCUGCCACUUCUGCCAGCAGCAGCUGGUGGAUCUCAUCUACUUCCAGCAGGAUGGGAGGAUCUACUGCGGCCGGCACCACGCCGAGCUCUUCCGACCCCGCUGCGCCUCCUGCGACCAGCUGAUCUUCAUGGAGGAGUGCAUCGAGGCCGAGGGCCGGCGCUGGCACCCGGAGCAUUUCUGCUGCCUGGAGUGCGAUGUGCCCCUGCACGGGCAGCGCUAUGUGAUGCGCAGCGGGCGGCCCUGCUGCCGGGGCUGCUUCGAGAGCCGCUUCGCCGAGCCGUGCCAGGCGUGCGGGGACCCCAUCGGCGCGGACAGCGAGCGGGUCACGCACCAGGGGCUGCACUGGCACGCCCGCUCGCCCUGCCUGUGCUGCAGCCGCUGCCGGGCCCCGCUGCGGGGGCAGCCCCUCGCCCUCCGCCGGGGCCGCCUCUUCUGCUCCGGGCCCUGCGGCCGCGCCCAGGACGGCUCCGACGGCUCCGACGGCUCCGAGGGCUCCGACGGCUCCUCGGACUCCGCCAUCGCCUCCGCUCCGUCCCCCGAGUGCGCGCCCGCGGCCCCGAGCUCGGCGGCGGGGAGCGGCAGGGACAGGGGGCAAGGGGAUGAGGCGCUCUCAGAGCAGCCCCCGGUGCACCCCGCCUUCAGGAGCCCCCAGGAUCUCGGCGCAGCCCCACGCGAGCGGAGCAGCGACGCUGCCAAGGAGCACCCAGGGGUGCUGGGACCCGCAGGCAGCCACCCCGCAGCCCCCCAGCCCGGCCCAGAGCCACCCAAGGAGCCCAGAGCCCUUUUGGGGUCCCCUGAACCCCGAAGAGCUGCAGAGCUGCAGGCGGGCACCUCCCGUCCCCGACACGGCGCCCGGGCAGGGCACGGCACAGAGGAGGAGGAGGAGGAGGAGGAAGACUCCUGGUGCCCCACCUGCUCCUCAUCUUCGGACUCAGACUCGGAGGAGGAGGGUUUCUUUUUCGGGAAGCCCAUCCCCAAGCCCGGCAUGAACUCCCUGGGCAGGGAGCCCGUGCAGAGGGGCAGGGGCAGGACGGCCAAGCACUGCAGCGUGUGCUGACAGCGGGCACUGCCAGCUCCUGCCAGGGCAGCAACGCGCUCCAGCCACAUCCUGGAGGUGCCCGAGGUUGGUGGGAGAAGCUGCUGGGGUCGCUGCCCCCGCAGAGCAGAGCAGAGCAGAGCAGAGCAGAGCAGAGCAGAGCAGAGCCUGCCAUUCCUGCCCGGCUCUCCCGCAAUUAGGAACAGGUAAAGCAGGAAGGGAGCGGGGCAGGGCCGGCCCCAGCACCUCCCUCGAGGCGGCAGGUGGGGACAGGGACAGCUGCCGGCGUCCCCCCAGCGCUGGGGAACGCGGGGUGUCCUGCCCCGGGCUGCUCCGUGCCCCACUGCCACCGCUCUCCAUCCCUGGUGGCACCGUGUCCCCAUAGGGAGGGGACCAGAGACGAAGCUCCAAUAAAAUCUGGCUGAAAUCUGAACUCUGGCUGAACUCUGAACUCGGGGUCUGCCCUGUUCCUUCCCUGUGACACUGACAAUGUCACCAAGACCCCACUGCCACCUCUCUCCAUCCCUGGUGGCACUGUGUCCCCAUGGGGAGGGGACCAGGGGUGCAGCUCUGCUGCUGCAGGUGACAAAUCUCCAAUAAAAUCUGGCUGAAAUCUGAACUCUGGCUGAAAUCUGAACUCAGGGUCUGCCCUGUUCCUUCCCAGCCCAUUGUGACAGUGACAAUGUCACCAGGGCCCCAUCUCCAUCCCUGAUGGCACUCUGUCCUGCUGCCACCACAGGGAGGGAACCAGGGGUGCAGCUCUGCUGCUGCAGGUGACAAAUCUCCAAUAAAACCUGGCUGAAAUCUGAAAGCAGGGUCUGCCCUGUUCCUUCCCAGCCCAUUGUGACAGUGACAAUGUCACCAGGACCCCACUGCCACCGCUCUCCAUCCCUGGUGGCACCGUGUCCCCAUGGGGAGGGGACCAGAGACCAAGCUCCAAUAAAAUCUGGCUGAAAUCUGAACUCUGGCUGAAAUCUGAACUCGGGGUCUGCCCUGUUCCUUCCCUGUGACACUGACAAUGUCACCAGGGCCCCACUGCCACCUCUCUCCAUCCCUGGUGGCACUGUGUCCCCAUAAGGACAGGACCAGGGUGCAGCUCUGCUGCUGCAGGUGACAAAUCUCCAAUAAAACCUGGCUGAAAUCUGAAA